AUGGCUGAGGCAGGCACAACUCACCAUGAUGAACUGCAGACAAAACGGCUAGAGGAGAUGUGCAUCGUUGUUGAUGAGCAGGAUCGAGUCUUAGGAUGUGAAACCAAGAAGAACUGUCACUUGAAUGAAAACAUCGAAAAGGGGCUUAGGCACCGAAGCUUCAGUGUCAUUCUCUUCAACAUGGAAGACCAGCUGUUGAUCCAGCAACGAUCAGAUGAUAAGUACACAUUUCCUGGUUACUUUUCUGACUCCUGUUCUGGUCAUCCAUUAUACCAACCUGAGGAACUGGAAGAGAAAGAUGCCAUAGGGAUUAAGAGGGCAGCUCUGAGACGUCUGCAGGCUGAGCUGGGGGUUCCUCAGGAGCAGAUUUCCAUAAAGGAUAUCCUGUGUAUGUUCCGGAGAUACCUAAAGGCUCAAUCAGAUUCUGUCUGGGGAGAACAAGAACUUUGCUAUGUCCUGUUUGUGAGGAAAAACCUCACAGUGAACCCAGAUCCCAGAGAAGUGAAAAGCUACCGCUAUGUGAGCCAGCAGGAGCUGGAGGAACUGCUGGACAGGGCAGCCCAGGGCAAGGAGAAGGUUACCCCAUGGUUCAUAGACAUUGCAGACUUCCUGUUCAAGUGGUGGAAGUCAUUGGCUGAUGUGUCUCCCUUCGUGGAACCUGAUAAAAUAUAUGAACUAUGA